AUAUAAGUAAACAGACUUCAGUAGUCAUAGCAACUACAUCAAUAUAAUAGCAAUAUAUGUCCCUAUAUUUUGUAUACAAAUAACCAUCACAAUGGCGGAUGAGAAACCUAUGAAAAGGAAGAGCAGAGUGGCCGCAGGGCAGAAAACCAUGAACUUCGGGCGUCACUCUUCGUUUCGCUACACUGAUUCCUAUAACUAUCCCAAUCUGGAUACAGAAACGCAACUCUCGCAAUUCAAUGCGAGGAGCGUGGAGGAGACAUAUGAGUUUGAGGGUAACAAGUUGCCACGCGACGAUGAGGCCGAUGUUAUGAGUCGCUUUCCCAGCUACACAAAGUUUAAGGUCAAUUAUUCUGUGAUUUGCCAUCAACGCUAUUCGAAGUCCUGUAGGGAUUAUGAGGCACAAUUUCAGCGGGAGAUUGCUAAUCUGAUUGAUUUUCAGAACUCUGCCGUAGAGAUGGUCAGCCUGGUUAGGAAUAUGGCAUACACCUCUUUGUGGCCGCCGAUGCAUAAUCAUGCGGAGCUAAAAUACACGGAUGCCAAUUUCUUUCAGCUCACAAAAAAGGAGAAGAGGCGCUUCGACAAGAUAAUGUCUACGAAAAUAGUAUGAAUCUGUGCAGAAUUAUGCUGCAAUAAAAUAUAUAUAUUUUGUU